CCAAGUUAUUUUCAUGUCACACUGAUUAGUUUUAAAUAAAUUAUAAACACUGUACUUAUAUUAUACUUUACAUUAUAAACUAUAUUUAAGACUAAAGUAAGAGAUCAAGUGUUCAAUAAUAAAGAUUAAACAUGUCAGACUACGAAGAACCAGCGGCGAAAAUGUCAAAAAUAGAGAUGACACCAAAGGAACAUCAAGAUGAACUAGACGAGGGUCAAGAGGAAUGGCUUAGUGAAGGUAUUCUCACAGAUGACGACUAUAAUCCUGCUAAUGAACAAGAGUCGAAUCCUAACACAAGCCAAGAAGACACCUUAGCCAGCAUACCAGACACAGCUGAUGCGAGCUACACGAAUGAGAAGGUAUUAGAGACGGACGCGAAGUCGGAAAACGUGGAACAGGACCUUGAUAGCAUGGAGAACUCGAAUCAGACGGAGUUUCCUGGUGAGUUAGGGGCAUUCCUCAUAAGGAAGACGGACGUGAAAGCUGUUGAAUCGAAGAAGGCGGAGAGUGAACUCGACGAGUCGACGAAGUAUUCCGACGAUGACGGUCACGACACUGACGAGUUACUUCGGAUGCUCGGUGAAGAUGACAGUAAGAAGGAAAUGAAAAAGGUCGAUCAUAAGCAAACCCAGGAGUCGCAGUCGAGCGAUGAUGAUGAUGAAUAUAUAUUUGAAGGUGCUAAAGUAGCAAGAUUAAAAGUAGCGAAGAAUGCGAUUAUGAAAAAGUAUCCGACAAAGGCUGUACCGGAGGAAAUGAGUGACAGAGACGGGGAUAGUGAUAUGUCGUCCGACGAGGGUCUAACUGUGAAGCGGAUGUUCGGAGUGACGAAGCGAGGGAACGUGGCGGCUAAGAGUACGGCCAGACCCGACAUACACGCCGUGAAGACGGUCACCAACAAAAUGGUCAGCUUGCAACGAUCUAGUGCGUCCGAUAAAUCAAAAGUUACAUCAACGCCGAUAUCGAAGUCCACGUCAGGUCCGAAGUCGCAGUCCAAGGUCCAGAGGCCGGAGCCGGACGAGAUCAUCGACGAGGAGGAGUUCUUGGAAGAUGACCAGUUCGAUCUGGACGAGGAUUUGGGGUCGUCAAUGGAGGGCGAGGACGAGGGGGAGGGCGGCCAGCGCCUCAUGCGGCCCGAGCGCAUGGACGAGGACGCGCCCAGCGACCCCGACUCGCACUCCGACGACGACAGCCUCUACGACGAGCUGCCGUCAUCGGACUCGGACGACUUGAAUGAGUGGUUCACCCUCGACGUGCGCGCCGAACGCGCCGGAGACUACAUCCCCCUGCUGGGUGCUAAAGCGCACCAGCUGCUGUUGGCGGAGAAGCAGCGCGUGUCCACUCGCCUCUCGACGCUGAAGCAGAGCAUGUCGACCCUCAACGAGAGCAGUUCCCAGCAGGCGGAGAUGCUGCGCCGCGCCACCCUGCAGCUGGCCGAGCUGGACGCCGCCCUCAAGGCCUAGGGCACACGAGUGAAAGUGUUCAGUGAAUUGUUUAAAGUGAAGUGAAGUGCCGUCAAUGGAGACUUGAUUUAUAAAUCUAUGUGCAAUGGAUGAGGCUGACGGGCAGUUCUGGUGUGCAGCUGCAACCCAACUUUUAUGUACAGAAGGACAAAUAGUAUAAAAUAUGGGGUUGCUAGAUAAUUUCACUGUUAUUUAUGAUUUCUUGUGCACAUAGUAUACAAAGAGCUAUCCCGGCUUUGAAUGAGAAUAAAUGUCUAAACAACAAAUACAAUGAAAAAGAAACUUAAAAAAAAGGGUACUUACCUGUUACUGCCACCGCAGUAAAAAAAAGGUUAGCUGCUUUACGUUAAGUUUAAAAAAAUAAACUCUUAAGCUAAUCUAACCAAUAUUUUUUAAUAAAUAAUCACCACAAAAUCUUUUAAUUUUGGACUAAGAACCGUCACAUAAUUCAUUAGGGUUUCAUCACAAUGGAGUUGAUGUUAUUUAACGAAUAGAAGAUAAACUUACACACACUUUUAUAAACGCAUAUAUCACUGCCCUGAAGUGCUUUAUAAUACGUAGUGCGAUCCAAUUAUAUCCUGUAUAUAAAGACUAAUACUUACAUAAUCAUUAGUGUAGUAUACUAGUUGUCGCCAACGGCUUCGUUUCAGGUGCUAUGUAUAAAAAAGUAGCCUAUAUCUUUCCUUGGAGUUCAAGCUUGAUUCAUACCAAAUUUUAUCAAAUUCGGUUCAGUAAUUUGGUCGUGAAAGAGCAACGGACAGACCGACACUGAGAUUUAUGUAUUUAUAAUAUUAGUAUAGAUUAGUAAAGAACAUUGUCCCUGUAGAAUAAGCCUAGGCUAGGAAUCUAGGCUGAAUUAAUUCAUAUAGCCUCAAUAGACCAGCAGUUAAAGUGAACCUAGCCUCAUUAUGGUAUCAGGUUUGAAUCUGAUCAUAUUAAAUCUAUAAGCUAUUGUUAUAAUAACGUUAAAUGUUACCUCAUUAUUGGAAGAUUUUGCUUAAAAUAAACAUAAAUACUUGGUCUAUAUAGGCUAGAUUUAUUAUGUACAAUUUUUCAAAGUCAUAAGUAUUCCAAGGGCUUGUGAGAUCGCUGACUGUGAUUCGAAAAGAAUUAGAAAAUUCUAUGAGGUUGUUCUGAAAACUUUAGCUUGCCUAAAAAUCUGAUAAAAAAUGAUUGUAAUAUUAGAUAUGAAUAUUUAUAUUUAAAAAAAAUAUCAUGUAACCGAUAUUUCAUUCACGAACAGACGAAAUCAUUCUGAAAAAAAAAACAAUAAUCUGGUGUUUUCUAGAUGUUGAAGGGAUGUUAGCAAUCUCUGGUUCUCGAUUCAAAAUAAAUUAUCUCUACUUAACAAAUUAUCUUGAAGGUCUGAUAGGAAACCUGUGGGUAGGAGCUGUUUAGUUCGAUCGAUGUUGACAUCUGAAUUCAGAUGUAGUCCUGUCCUUGUUUAACGGUACAUUUUAUGGUUUGUGUGAAAGAGAUGAAACGAACAUAGAAAUCAGUUUCACAUUCGCUUCGUCUCUUUCUCACAGACGGAUUACCGGAAAGUUAAAGAGAGACAAGACGAUUUAUUCAUGCGUUUAAUAUUAUCGGACGUAUUAAUGAAAGAUACGGAAGGCACUGACGUACCAGAACGAUGUUCAUAGUGUUUUUUAGAUGUUAAAACGUUUGCCGGUCAACAUUGAGGCGAUGUGUUUCUAUAUAUCGUACAAUGCCUACUGUUUAGCUGUACAAUACUGAAUUUGUGAUGUAUAAUACAAGCUUUUAAUGCAAAUUAAAUUAUCCUUAAAUACGGAAAUAAAUAUGAUAUUUUUAUAACUAAUAUUGUUUGAACUGCUGUCCUAAAUGUAUUGCGUAGCUGAAAAGUUUUUAUGGUGAGAGUGCUUAUCUGCGACAAUCAUGAUUUAAAUGAAAUAUUUUUUUAUAGAAAA